CCAAUGAGAAUAAUUGAGGUUAACCAGACUUACGAUUGCAUAUCUGUGUGGAGCGCGUUGACCAGUAAAUAAACGAACGAAACAUUCUGAAAAGUCAAAUGUGCCAAUGUUAAGUUAAGAAUUAAAAUAACUCGUGCUCCACGAUUAAAAAUAUAAUAUUAAAUAAUAAAAUCGUGGUAGUGGCGUUCCUGAAUGUGAAAAAUUCUUGUGUGCUUAACCUGUGGCAGAAUAGUCGUCUCGACAGGGAUGUCCUUCUUUAUGCGUUUCGCAGUAAGUCAGUAAUUCCCCCUUUCUUUUCUCGAGAAUCGAACUCGUCACAGCGUGUCUCCACCAAUUUCAGUUACUUGUGAACAACGAAGUUAAUAAAAACUGCCUAAAUCAUGUGAUAAAUAAUUAUCAGUCGUUAAAAUUCACUAAACCAUAACUAAAUGUUCUUCUAAUAAAUAAAUGGGUAUCAAUACCCAAGCGUUUAACACACAAAAUUAAUUCUCUACUCUGGAAUCGAGUAGAUUGUUCUCGAAAUUGGUUCACAAGGAGCAGCAAAAUCUUCCCAGUUUUGGGGACUGUCAUUUUCUCAAAAUAAAUGACUUCACAAAAAAACGAUGGAUAAUCCUGACUCCAAAAAGCGCAAACGAUCAGCUCCCUCCACUCCCACCCUAAAGUUAACUGAAUGUGUCCGGGAGUUCAUGCUGCCCCAGGCCUACCCCAGCAUGGCAAACGAAGUGAAAAAGCCUUCAAUGAACGUGACCCUGGAGAGAUCCUGUGGUGCCCCGUCCACCAUAAACCUGAAGAUAAAAUCCGGAAAAAUUGAUCCAACCAACAAACUUCAAAAGCUGAAGCUGAAAUCUCCAGAUGGUAGGGACUUGGGUGAAUUCGACGUGCAGGUACUCCCUCAAUUGAAGAGUGAAAAUGCCCUCUCGAUGCUGAAGAGCAUCAGUCCAGAAACCCCCCAGCUCCCCCUGAAGGCCUCAGGGAUCCACCCAACUGCCCUGUCCUCCGUCAAGUACCUCUCGAAACCGGUACAGGAGGUGAGAGCCAGUGAUCAGUCAGCAUCCCACGGUGUCCUGAUUCCCAUAUCUCCAGUGAUAGUCAACGGAAAGAACUACACACUGCAGACCGGGGCUGGCCAGCAGAUCAAAGUGGCAACCGAUGGGCCUGUUGACCCGACGACUCCUGGGUCCCUGGACUUCAAGAAGAUCCAGAGGAUUGGGAGUGUCAACAGCAAGAACCCGAGGACACUGUCAUCUGGCAUGAAGAUCAAGCUGGUGGGUGGUCUGGUUUCGGAGAAGCUGAACGGAGGGAAGCGAAGCAGUGAGGACUUGAUAACGAGUAAAAGAAAGUCGUUGGAGGCACCUGUCGCUCGGCUGGACUCCAGCAAAAUCAUCAAGUUGGAUGCCUUGGAGCCAGUGAGCGGAGAGAAUGACAUGUACUACAUUGUGCCUGAUGAGGAGACCUUGGGGGCCCUUCCCGGGGUGAAAUUGCCCGGCCAGGAGCCUGUGGAAACUCCCAAUGGGACCGUCAGGCUGGUGAGAAGUUCCCUGGGACGUGUUAAUCUCCUCAGGAGAGAGAAGAAAGAACCGAGUACCUCCACUGGAUCCACAAGAUCCGAGUGCGACAGCACGAAUAUUGUUCAGCAGGACCACGACUCCCCGGUUAAUAGAAGCGAAGGGGAAUCUAAUGACGUCGAUGGGAAUGAUUUGAGUGUCCUGGGAGAGGCCCUGAGAUCCCUACCUGAUGUUGAACUGAGGAACAAGGCCCUGGAAGCCCUCAGGAGCGUGGGCAUCGGUGUCGAGAGACUCAUUCCCAAGAAAGCUGUUGAGCAGAUUUCUGUGAAGGAUUCUGAGACGCAGACUGAGGUGUUCUCCCUUCUGGAUAAGGAAAGGAACGGUUUCGUCAGGGCUUGCGAGGACGUUGAGGGACUGGAGAGGAUUUCUCUGACGGAGAGACAAUCGGACAUGAAGGAGGACAGGUGGAAGAUGACCAGUGAGAACGGGAGGCUGGCGUUCGAUGGAUAUGAACUAGAUUUCAUGCUCAAUAAGCUUGAUCGUGAGGAUGAGAGAGUGAUGAAGGUGAGGAAUAUCAUGAAAUACGAUCCUGGGACCAAGAAAUUGUACAGCCAACUGCAGAGGGACUUUGAAAAUGUCAAGAAGUAUGAUGAGAAUGGACUACUCGCGAUUCAUAGGGCUGUUCUAGAUAACGACGUGCGUUCGCUCAAGAAACAGUUGCUAUUUUUGAAGGCUUGCAAGAUCAGUGUGGAUAUACCUACGCAGGAGGGACAGUCGAGUCUGGAAUUGGCGAUAAAAUUCUCCAGGUUACAAUACAUAAUUCACCUGCUACUCGACGCUGGGGCGAAUCCAACGUCAUCAGCAAGAGCACAUGAUUCAGCUUUGACAAUGGCCAGCAGAGAGGGACUGUCCUGUCUCCCUCUGCUCAUCAAACAUGCACCAACACCUAGGACUCUUGACUACCUCGACUCAAGUGGAUUCGCUGCAAUCCAUCACUGCUGCCAGACUGGAAACUACGAUGGUGUGAUAGCUCUGAUAGCAGCUGACGCAGAUGUCAACAUUCGCGAUGGGAAAUCAGGAAGAACUGCACUAUUUCACGCCCUCGAAAACGAUAAACUAGAAAUAGCCAGGGAGUUGCUCAUCAGUGGAGCUAAACCUAAUCUCCCCAACUUUUCGGGGCACAUGUGUCACCAUCUGAUUGACGACACCAAACACGUCUCCUUGAAAGACUUCUUGACUAAAUCAAUGAAGUAGGAGGAGACUGCUGGGAAAUUGUAGGUGACGAGUGCGUUUUUCAAUUUUUUUUGCAGAAAUUUAUAUUAAUUGCAAGUCGGUGAUUACCAUUGGACAUUUUAAUAAUUUUUUUGGUGGACGUAUAUUAUUUCGCCAAUUACCUAGUGUACUCAUCCAAUCCAAUUCAGUAAUUAAUGAUGGGUUCUCUCAUGAUUCGGUUCAGUUCCACUUCAAUUGAGAAUUUAUUUUGUACUCAUCAGUACUCUUGUAAGAAUUAUAUUUAUUGAAGCAUCAACUGGUACGAGACUUGUAAUCCAUUACAUCACGUUAAUUUGAAGUGCAGUAACGUGACCUAACUCAGAUGGAAGUGCGUAAGGACAAGUUAUACGUAAUGAAGGAUUUUCAUAAUGUAGAAUUAAGAUGCAUCCGUUGGUAUAAUAAUAAAAACUGUUAUCAAACUUUAA